AUGCCUAAAGAAGUGGACUUCAACCAGUCAUAUGAUGGGCAUACCCUGUUGUCUCAGAACACCUUCAACACCAACGAGGAUCAACUCUCCCAAAAUUUGGCUAAGAUCUCUCUUCAGAAGCUAGCUGAAGUUCUACGAGUGGAUGCAAACACCUGUGUGGAUGGAAAUUGUAACUCAUUGCAACCUGAGCCAAAUUCAAGACGUCAAAAAUUGAUCAUACAAAGUUCGGUGUCCCAACACUUCCCAAAGCCACCAGAAGAUCUGAAGAACAAACUUCUGCAGCACCUGGAAAAUGUGAAGGAAACUGCGAGCAAUGAGAUUGUGAGGCUGCACCCCCUGUUGGAAUGUAUGGAGUUGACGGGAUGUCUGAUUGAGUGCUACCAUUGUCAGACAUUUUCUCACCUCCAUUAUCUACUCCAAAAUAUCAGCUCCAUUCAGAGUUCCUUUGUGCUGCUGAACUGGGGUUUACAGGCAUAUAUGAGUCGGGAUCACCUCGACCUCCCAGACCUUCCAGGACUGGAACCACCAAAAGUCGACCAUCUCCUGUUGUUAGAUUGGUUUGUCCAAGCAACAGACACGGUGCUUGCAGUAGUGCAGACAGAUGUCAAAGGGUCCCUGGAGAAAAUCCUGCAAAAUGAGAGAAACCAAUCAGGCAGCGAUACAGAUGAAGCUUUUGUUGGACUUUAUAUGGACAUGAUUCAGUAUAUUGAUGCUAUCCCUAAAGAAGCACAAAAAAUCAGUCAACAUCUGUCUGAUCGGGUGGAGGAGGUUUGUUUCAAAGAGCUGCUGAGCUUCCUGGAGAGGUACACUGCUGAGCAGAUUGAGACUCUAAGCAAAGAAGCAAAAAGGGACAAGCCAAAAUCGUGGCACUUCUUGAAGACUUUAAACUCCUGCAAACAUCUCAAGGAGUAUGUCCAGAAGAAAGAUACAACCAUCAACGGAUCAAUUCCUCAAAAAACUGUGGCAACACUUGAAAAGAUGGAGGACUCCACUUUCAAACUUUUGCGUGAAGUUGUGUCUGACCUCGCAGAGAGACAUCUUAAGAAUUACUUCAAAACUGACAAAAAGCACUUCACCCUGAGCCAUGCACUAAAGGAAUUUUUUCCCAAGACACAGUGCUCUGAGGACAUACUGAAGAAAGUGAUGGAUGACGCCUAUGAGGUCAUCACUCAAAUUUACCUCAAACAUCUUCGCCAAAGAAGUCAGAGAAAGCUGCGGAGGUCCUGGAGUCCUGAAGUUGGACAAACUGUCACUGAAGAUGCUGAGCUACUUCACAACACCAUCGCAGAGCUGGCCCCUGGUGUCCAGGAGUGGAACCUCAUGCUGCUUAAAGUUGCAGAACUGUUGGAAUGCUCCGACAUCGAGGCAGUGAAGGUUGUCGCAGCCGAGAUAUUUACAACAUGGAGCGAGGGCCCUGAUCUUCUGCCCAAACUGCUACGAUGGAAGGGGCUUCCUGGAUGGCAGGUUGAGGAGGUGCUGGACGCCAUUCCAGGGCGACAACCCAGAUCUGUGUUCUGCUUCUCUGCUCUGAAGUGCUGCUGAAGGCUGACGACAAUCAACUGCAACAAGCAAAGAGAGGCGAGCUGAAAGUCCACUCCGUUAAAGAUAUCACCUCUGAUUUAUAUCAACCUUUUUAAAACCUCGUUUGAAGUUACACAUGUGUGUACUGUAUAUAUAAACAAGCAGAGAAGUUACUUAACCUUUGAUAAGCUUUGACACAAAAGUAGGUCUUUCUGAGUAAGUUACACUAAUCAUAUCUGAUUUCCGUACAUAUUGUUGUCAUCUCAGGACUUCUUUUUAAGUCUUCUUUUUAAGAGUUAUUCUUUUUUUUGUAGAAAGCUUUGUUGCAAAAAUAUUUUGUCCUCGAUUUGCAAAGUAACACAAGUCUUAUGACACUAAGCUAAGAGAUACAAUCUCCACAAAAGCUAAAUAGGAAAAUUAUUUUGGUCGUUUGAGUUGUUUACAUGUUUUUUUAUUUUUUAUUUAUCCGGAUUAUGGUUGAAGAAAAUGGCACAAUGAUUGAGCAACGUUGACAGAAAUACUAAGCUGAAUUUCUGCUUAUGCUAAUUUUUUUUGCUGAACUACGCUGUUUAAGGGAUUAUUUUGUUAAGAUGUGGUUAUCAAAAGGCGUUACAUUGAAGGGAAACGUUGUUGCUUACUCUUGUUUCAAACCCCUUAAAAGCUUGUCUUUGUCUUAAGCGGCCUGGAUGUGUAAGCCGGAUGGCGACAGCUUUUUAGCGCCAACAAAAAAAAAACCAGCCUUGAAAUUACUCUCUGGAAAUCCACAGGUUAUUUAAAUAUAGCACAUUUUGUGUUUGUCCUUUAUUACUGCUGUUGCACAGGAAGUGAUGAAUCUUUUGACCAAUCAGCAGACUGCAGUGUGUCUAGCUUCACCCUUUAGGGUCUGAUUGGUACGCCUGG